AGAGUGCUGGGGAGCAGGAUGAGAGCCCUCCGGAGUGCUCCACCGCGUGCUUUGCAACUCACUCUUGCCGUCAUCAAACCUGAUGCCGUGGCUCACCCUCUCUUCCUCCAGGCUGUGCAUGAGACCAUUGUGAACAACCGGUUCUCGAUCGUCAAGAGCAAGGAUCUGCAGUGGAGCAGACAGGAUAGCCAGCGGUUCUACCAGGAGCAUUCCGGCCGAUUUUUCUACCAGAGGCUGGUGGAGUUCAUGUCUAGCGGUCCAAUGAGGGCCUACAUCUUGGCCCAUGAGGAAGCCAUCUCGCUCUGGAGAUCCCUGAUGGGCCCCACCAAAGUCUUCCGUGCCCAGCAUACCGCCCCCAAGUCCAUCCGUGGGACGUUUGGCCUCACAGACACUCGGAACACUGUGCAUGGCUCAGACUCAGCAGAAUCAGCCAGCAGGGAAAUUGCUUUUUUCUUCCCGGAGUUCAGUGAAGAGGACUGGUAUCGCCACGAGGAGCCACAGCUGCGUGCUUGCAACGGCUCCAAAUCAGAAGUUGACUGUUGACCAAGCUUCUAUAGGUGCCUAACGGGAGGCAGGUCGAACUCACAGAGAAACCUACAGGACCAUAUCCACAGAUGGCUGGCGGGAGGUGGCUUCUUACCAGCCACGAAACGUGGCACAGCCCGUCUGCUCUGAGAUCACAGCGAUACGCCUUUCAGGGUGGACUAGGGGACAGGCCUGUUUGGCCACUGCCUUCCCAAGUUACUGCUAGCCCAGGCUGGGUAAAAGAAGCAUGAUUUUGUGGGCUACACAGAGCGCAGUUCUGCGUGGACUUAACAAUGACAUUUUGGCCCUUGCCUUUUCCAUAGGCUUCUGCCAAAGAGUGUGUCCGCGCACAGGCACGGCCAUUGGUACUAUCCUCUAUCCACUACCCUCACUACGACCCACAGAACCAUUUACAGGACAGAGGAGGGUGGGCCUAGUAGUGUGCGGUCACUGCUGGAAGGGGAGGUGCCCUCUGGCUGACGGUGGACCCAACAUCUUGACUCUUUUAAGAGCGAUAAACCUACCCUCUAAUCCAUAAUGUGUGUCAGCGCAUUGCUUUCUUAGUCAUGUUGAGAGCAAAUUCUCUUCGUACCUGGGGAGGGCUCUUGGCUUUGUGAUCCACAAUCGGCAGCUUGCGCUGAGAACAAGCGCUAGGGUUGAAUCAGGCCAAGGGUUGCCACAGUCACACAUGGGGCUGGUACAUGGAGUUGGAAGGGGCCUAUAGGGUCAUUUGAG